CCCGUCCUUGACAUGCGUGCCGCUGUAUUAUAUACGUAUAUGUAUAUAUUGUCCCUCGCACCAAACCUAAACGCAAAAACUUCUCAUACUUUUCUCGUUUUGCAUUCAUUAACAAUUCCCGACUCUUCGUUUAUACCGAAUCACUUUUGAUCUUUUAUUAUGGCCGAAGCAAACCCUAAGCCUCAACUACCCGAGAUGGCUCAGACUGAGGAAGAGAAAUUGAAGUAUUUGGAAUUUUUGCAAGUGGCGAUGAUUCAUGCGGCGCUCUAUGUGGCGAAGGUGUAUGGUUACGCCAAAGAGAAUUCUGGUCCGUUGAAGCCUGGUGUUCAGACCGUCGAAGGCACUGUUAGGACCGUGGUUGGGCCUGUCUAUGAUAAAUAUCAUGAUGUCCCUGUCGAGGUCCUCAAGUUUGUUGACCGCAAGGUUGAUGAGUCUGUUCGUAAGAUUGAGACUCGCGUUCCCCCUAUGGUCAAGCAGGCUCCUGCAGCAGCUCGGUCUGUUGCAGCCGAUGUCAAAAGUGCUGGUGUGAUAGGAGCUGCAUCAGGACUUGCAAAAACAGUCUAUGCCAAGUAUGAGCCUGCUGCCAAGGGACUUUACACCAAGUACGAGCCAAUGGCCGAGCAAUAUGCAGCUUCAGCUUGGCUCUCUCUUAACCGACUUCCUGUUGUUCCUAGAGUUACUCAAGCAGUUGCUCCAACAGCUGCUUACUAUUCUGGGAAGUACAAUGAGAUUGUUCAGCAAUCUGCAGAGAAAGGGUACAAGGUUGCAUCAUAUCUUCCAUUGGUACCGACUGAAAAGAUUUCUAAGGUGUUCAGCACUCAGCCUAUGGCUUCCAACUAAGGAACCUUCUGAUUUUACCUUUAUGGUUCAUAAGUAGGCUGUUUAGUUCUGUGAGGAGCUCCAGGAUAUGAUCUGGAGUGCUUUGAAACUGUGUUGUGGAUUGUUUAUUGUGUGUUUUAAGUAAAUUAUUGUGUUUGUCUAUUCGAUUUUCAUUGUUGAAAGUGUUGAUAAGCUCUUGUUGCUCGGGUAUCACAUUUUGUCUUUUUGGGAUG